GUGUAGGAAGGCACCACCCAUGUCACUAAACCAAAACCCCAUGAGAAAACUUUAGUGGCAGAGAGUCAUCGGGACCAGUGGAGCCCAGGGCCUGAGAAAGACCAGCUGCUUGCGGUCCUUCCUCACAGGUUUUUCUGGGUCAGCAGUGCCCACUGGACCUAGUGAACCCACAGAAGGCUUCAAAGAGCUCAGUGAGAGGGGCAGGGCUCCUUGGGGGAAGCUGGUGAAGCUCUGACCACAAACCCAGGAGCCGGCCACCUCUGCCUGGUGCUCACUGCCAGCAGGAAGCCACAAGCUACGUGAAUCGAUUGAGACAACAGGCAUGGGUUUUUUCUUUGGGAUUGCAUCAAGAGUUGCUGGUUAUAGCUAGAAAGCUGUUGCAUCACAAGGGUGCCGGGAUUUAAAAAGCCAUGGUGAAAAGCUACUGAGCAUUUGUCAAGAAGAAAACAUCACUGCGUUUCAGUAAAUCUAAGACACUGCUGUUUGGAAGACUAACAUUUAUUCUAUGUAUCACUAAAAGAGGGAAAAAGGAUGCUGCUAUUUACUUUAUGAAUCAUCGUUGGGUGUAAAACACAUCGCAGUUUCAAGAGAUGUUGAGUGAAAAAAGGUGCAUCCCGGAAUCAAUGAAAUAUGAACACAUGCGAAAGCAGUCAGGAACUCUCCAUCAACCACACAGCCCUUCCGACAAGAACAGGGACUCAAGGAUGGGAGUGAUGAGCAGCAAAAAGCAGGUGAAGGAGAAAGGUAAGGGCCUCUGGAGCCCUGUGAAGGUCAGCACCCAGAGCAAAGAUCCCCCACCACUGCCUCCCCUGGUCCUGUUUAACCACCUGGCUCCUUCACCUCCGGACACGCACCCAGACCAAGAGGAGCAUUUCGUGGUGGCCCAGUAUGACUACACCUCAGUGAAUGACAGGGACCUGCAAAUGCUGAAAGGGGAGAAGCUACAGAUAUUAAAGGAAGUUGGAGACUGGUGGUUGGCCAGGUCUCUCAUCACAGGAAGAGAAGGCUACGUGCCCAGCAACUUUGUGGCCCGAGUAGAGACCCUGGAGGUGGAAAAGUGGUUCUUUAGAUCAAUUAGCCGGAAAGAUGCUGAGAGGCAGCUUCUGGCUCCAAUCAAUAAGGCGGGCUCCUUUCUUAUCAGAGAGAGUGAAACCAACAAAGGUGCCUUUUCUUUGACUGUGAAGGAUGUGACCACCCAGGGGGAGGUGAUCAAACACUACAAGAUCCGCUCCCUGGAUGAAGGGGGCUAUUACAUCUCCCCCCGCAUCACCUUCCCCACUCUCCAGGCUUUGGUGCAACAUUAUUCUCAGAAAGGGGAUGGUUUAUGCCAGAGGCUCACCCAACCCUGUGUCAGCCUGGCUUCCCAAGACCUGUGGGUCCAAGAUGAAUGGGAAAUCCCCCGGCAGUCUCUCAAGCUGGUCAGGAAACUCGGGUCUGGGCAAUUUGGUGAAGUCUGGAUGGGUUAUUACCAAAACACCGUGAAAGUGGCCAUCAAGACUCUAAAGGAGGGGACCAUGUCUCCGGAGGCCUUCCUGGGUGAGGCCAACCUGAUGAAAACUCUCCAGCAUGAGAGGCUGGUUCGUCUCUAUGCCGUGGUCACCAAGGAACCCAUUUACAUCGUGACCGAGUACAUGGCCAGAGGAUGCUUACUGGAUUUCCUGAAGACAGAUGAAGGUAGCCGACUGUCCCUCCCGAGACUGAUCGACAUGUCAGCCCAGAUUGCCGAAGGAAUGGCAUAUAUCGAGCAAAUGAAUUCAAUCCACCGCGACCUGAGGGCGGCCAACAUCCUGGUGUCUGAGUCCCUGUGCUGCAAAAUUGCUGACUUUGGCCUGGCCCGCAUCAUUGACAGUGAAUACACUGUCCAAGAAGGCGCCAAGUUCCCCAUCAAGUGGACUGCCCCAGAGGCCAUCCAUUUCGGGGUGUUCACCAUCAAAGCAGACGUGUGGUCAUUUGGAAUCCUCCUGAUGGAAAUCGUCACUUACGGGCGUGUACCCUACCCAGGAAUGAGCAACCCGGAGGUCAUCCGCUGCCUGGAGCGCGGCUACCGCAUGCCGCGCCCCGACACGUGCCCGCCACAGCUGUACCACGGUGUCAUCACCGAGUGCUGGCGGAGCCGGCCAGAGGAGCGGCCCACCUUCGAGUUCCUGCAGUCGGUGCUCGAGGACUUCCACACGGCCACCGAAGGGCAGUACGAGCUCCAGCCCUAGGCCCGGCUCGAGGACAUGGGUCUGGUGGCGGCAGGGCCCGGAGACGUCUCGCGCCCCCCGCCCAACCUGUAGAACUGACGAAGCGUGUUCACCUCGAGGCUCUUACCCCAGCCCCAGGCCGACUGGAAGGGCAGGGAGGAAUUGAUAGGCCCGUUUCUAGAUGAGGGAAGGAGAGAGAGAGGCAGCCUCACAGGUGGGUCACGCAGCAUGGAGUCCGGAGAUCCCAUCGCAGGCCCACCCUUCUUGGGCUGUGUGACCUUGGGCAAGUUAUUUAGCCUCUCUGUGCCUCCACUGUUUCGUUUGUACAGUGGGGGAGAACCAUAAUAGUACCUACCUCCUUAUGUUCCUCAAGAGGAUUACAUUAGUUAACCCCAGUAAGAUGUUCAGAAUAGCGCCUGGCACACUCCUGGCACACCGUUAAGUGUUUGGCAUCGUUGUAAGACUCCCCUGUGCUGGCGCCCAAAGCGAGAAGUCCUCGGCAAGUGGCUAGGAAUCGCGCUGCUCCCACCUGUGCGGACCGCGCCCCGGCGCGGCUCCCUCUCUACUACCCCAGAAACAGGACUGGGUCCUCCGAGUUGUCCGCUCCGAGAAGUGUCCACCUGCUUCGGCUCUGGACAGGUAGCUCUGACCUAGACUGCACUCCAGCACUUUGGGACUCUUCUGUAAUAAAGUCACAAGAUCUGA